AUGGCUAGAUACGGUGCUACCUCUACAAACCCAGCUAAGUCUGCUUCCGCUCGUGGUUCCUACUUGCGUGUUUCCUUCAAGAACACCAGAGAAACUGCUCAAGCCAUCAGUGGUUGGGAAUUACAAAGAGCUCAAAAAUACUUGGAACAAGUCUUGGACCACCAAAGAGCUAUCCCAUUCAGAAGAUUCAACUCCUCCAUUGGUAGAACCGCUCAAGGUAAAGAAUUCGGUGUCACCAAGGCUAGAUGGCCAGCAAAGUCUGUCAAGUUCGUCCAAGGUUUGUUGCAAAACGCAGCUGCCAAUGCUGAAGCUAAAGGUUUAGAUGCUACCAAGUUGUACGUCUCUCACAUUCAAGUCAACCAAGCUCCAAAGCAAAGAAGAAGAACCUACAGAGCUCACGGUAGAAUUAACAAAUACGAAUCCUCUCCAUCUCAUAUCGAAUUGGUCGUUACCGAAAAGGACAGCCAAGUUGAAAAAGCUGCUGAAAAGAAGGUUGUUAGAUUGUCUUCCAGACAAAGAGGUAGAAUCGCUUCUCAAAAGCGUAUUGCUGCUUAA